CUGCUUCAUGGUUGUCAUCAAGAUCGUCUAACAAAAUGUAUAGCUGUUAAGAAAUAUUAUAAUUUUGUUAUGAUUUCUUCGUGGCCCAAGAAGCCUACGACAGCCUCCUCAGCAAGGUAGUUCAGAAUUCUGACCAUACAAUUGUGGACUCCAGUCAUCAUUUACUACACAGACUAAGAAAUAAGGUGUUGUACCACUACCAGCAAACUGCAGACGUCUCUCUGCUUCCCCCCUCGUCUCUCCCUUACUCAACGUAAAACUGCUGAUGCUAGUUGCGCUUGCUCACCGACACACGGGGAUCGGAACUGAGUUACUAAAAUUUCGAAUACUGGUGCGUCUUGGACCGACAUAGAUAGUCCCUGCAGCGAUUGAAAAAGCUAAACUAGUCGUUGGUGUUCUCGAGGUUGCCCUAGCCAGCGAUACGAACUCCGCCUUCUAUUCAAGAUGUCGCAGGCAGAGGUAUGUCCGUUCAACGACAACGACAUCCUGCAGUCGUUGCGGGUAAAGCUCAAGGGAGCAUGCUACAAGCAGACGAGGGGUGCGCAUGUAGACAUACGGUCAUUCUUUCCAGGCGGUGGCAAGGAAGUAAACCAGUUUUUAUGUAAUGGAUAGAAGUCUCUGUCUCAGAAGGUAAAUAAUCUAUGAAGGAGGAAGUCUUUGUCUUACAAAAAGAAAGAAGGAGUCUUGGGCGCAGUCCUUCUUGUAACGGAAUAUAUUUACUUUGUAAUUUCAACACGCAUCAGGAAAUGGGAACGCUGACUGACUUGAAGACCGUAGUCCGGCAGCAUUUGAAGUUGACGCCACAAUUCGUACCCGACCCGUCGCUAGCUAAACUUGCGGCAUACCUGGCAUCUCCGCUGGCCGUGAUGGCACCGACGAGUCCCCGGAGCCCGCGAGAAGAGCCUGCGGGCCAACAACAGGUAGUCUCACGUGCCAUCCUUGCUCUUGGAGGCUGUCCUUUAGGUGAUGUAGUCGCAGUUAUAUGUACUAUCAUCUCAGUCGUCAAGCCUUAGCUUUUUAUUGUAGGAGAUACGUUCACCAUUUAUCAUGUAAUCAUGAAAUUGUUCAUGAACAACCAGGUUGGUGGAUCGUCUUCGAGCACUGCGGCAGCCCCGCCUCCAGCAGCAGCAGCAUCGAGCCAGGCUGCUGAAGGCAAUUCAACAUUAGCGCAGAUCCGUGCGAACCCGAUAAUUGGCGAAAUGUUGAACUUGCCUUUGUUGCCGAGUGAGCUUCCAGGAAGUGGGACUAGUACAAGCAACAGCAUGGUUCGAUUUCCCUUGUCCGAGCUGCAAAAAUUCGUGAAGCAUGGUGCGCCAACAGUGAGCGAAAAAGCCGAAGUAGGAAGAGUAGUCGAACGAAAAAAGGCGGAGCGCUGUGUGCGGAAAUUUCAGGUAACACAGGAUGAUUUCGAUAUCUGCUUCACCUGCAAAGCAAUAUAUCAGAACUGACUACACUACUCUUAGUAAGAAGAUAGGUAGGAGUGUACAUGAAGAUUUGCAAUGCCAGGACAUGUCUGACGACCCAUUCAUCAGGUGAGCAUUCACAUGAAAGUGAUGGAGAGUUACGCUCCAGGGGCGGUGACGAAUAUAGUCAACACGGACCAACAUGCAAGCACAACAGAUCACGCUGUAUAUGUCAGGCAUCAAUUUGAACACUUGUUGCGACACGCAACAGGGGGGCAGCCGACCAUAUCUUUACAUGCGUUCAAGAAAUUUCUGCGGGACAAAUUAAAGUUUAUGAAUUGGGAUUUUGGUGAAGCUGACUGCACGACACUGUGGUACUCUGUCUACUAUGAUAAAACUAGGAUUUUGACCUUUUUAGAAGUAAUCAAAUGUUUUAAUGAGAAAUGAAUUUCCUCAUGAUAAUUUUGAUUUCGUUUCCUAGAAUUACAUCCGUUGUAGUGGUUUUUUACACCGUGGAUUCAUCGUACGUUUGGUAUGGUCGUCGACUUUUUCACUUUGCACCGCCAGAGUCAAUGUAUGAUUAGGAGUAGGAACAACUCCUUUAAAAAUAAUCGUAAGGUCUGCCCUCUAUGCUUUCCCGGACUUGAAUUUGUUGGAGCAGUGCGCAAUUGCGUCGGACAUGGCACAGACAGGAAAUUUCGCCGUGGUCACAAGCACACCGUCGGAACCUAGACGGCAGGUAAUAGAGACUGAUUUUCAAGGACACUUAUCCUUAGGUGGAGUCGUAGGUAGUAGAUGUAGUACCCGGUUUUCCUUAUUUUAUUGCAACAAGGUUCACCGAACAAGAAAUCUAUGUAUCCCAUUAUUUCGUGCAGGACUAUCCUUUUAAAGAGGCACCGAAAUUGUCUCCGCGUCAACGUCGCACUCAGAAACUGCUUUAUCCUAGUACCGACAGCCAGUUCGUUUUCCAAGUCUACGAUCUCGUGCGCUUGCUAGACCUGCCGAAGAAGAGCGGUCUCUCUAUCGAGUUUCCAGACUUCCGAAUGUCCAACGGAAGCGAAGCCAAUACAUACGCACUCGAGGACUCCACGGCGCCAGAAAUUAUGAGAGGGAGCAUAAUGUAGUGUGAAAUUUGCCUGUUGUAGUUGAACCAACAUCAUUAAGCGGAAUGACUAAUAUGAGCAGCAUUACAACAGGAGACGCAGCUAUGAGCUGUGGAGGAAGUUGUCGUAAUCAUCUUGGUAAUGUUAGCGUUCCUCUAAUGAAAAAUUGCAGGAUAAGUAUCGCAAAUGGUGUAUGGCGCGGAAUCGACUCAGUGCGAACUUCAGCUCAUCUGGGAGGACCAAUCCGCCGAGAACGCGCCUGCACAGCAAUACCAUUCAGCACGAGCAGUGGCGGCUCAACCAUACCCUGGGGUACUAGCGCUGAGGCUAGGCUGCGUCUCGGUACGAUCCUGGGUAGUCUACUCCACUCGUGGAGAUUCAUUGCGCAAGGCGUAGCACCUUAUUUGAUUGGAAGAAAUGUACUAUAUUUCGUAUGCACACUGAGAACGUUUGAAUCCGUGACUAGGACGAAAUCUUGUAAUCCACUGAUUGUAAAUAGUUUUUGUUGCCAUAUAAAUAAAUAUAUGUAUCAUCGUGUACAACUAUGUAUAUGGAAAUUAACAAGAGGCGCUUCGUCUCCGGAAUUUGCAAUUCGGUAUCUCCGCUGUGAUAGCAAUGAAUCUGAAAUCAAGUGACAGAAUCAAGUGACGCCGUCAGGUAGGCAUUAAUUUUCUGUAAAAGUGACACCAAGGAAGUAUUUCAAGAGUGACAAAAGGUGACAAAAGGACAUUCAAAAUCAGUGACCCGAAGGCUUGUCGCGGUUUUGAGGUAGAUUCUCCCGCAGAAAUCACCCUUUAGACAGUAUAAAAGUUUUCUCAUCGCAAUGCAUAUGAGUUUGGAAUUGAAGUGAGCUAGGUAUUCCCAUUUCAUUUGUUGAAUAACCUUUAUUCUCAUUUGGUAUCUUUUUGUUCUUGAGUGUAAGGACUUAAUUUUCAUCGACAAAUUAGAUUUGCACAGUCAGAAAGGACAUUCGUACUUCCUCUUCUUUAAUAGUGUAGUGAAUGGUACUAGACAUCAACAGGAGCUCUUCCUGACUUGCAUGAUGUUUGGAUGGUCGGGAGAACAUGUGGAGAGAGCUGCAUAGCAGGCGUCAACAAGAGUCAGUCGAG